UACAACAGUGUGGUGCAUCCACUUGCGACAUUCUCAUCUAUAUCCCGCCCUGUUUCUUCAGUUUCAUUAGUCUCGUUUUAAUCCUAUAAUUUUCCUUACCUGAAAAAGAUCAAAAUCUGACAAGAACGAACUAAUGGGAUACUGCAAGUUUUCCAAGUUUGAUUUGCUUUCCUUGAUCACAGUUUUCUAUGUGGCACAUUCUGAAAACGAUGCUCGACUCUUUAACGAUCGGGUUUCGCUCCUUUCGUUCAUGUCUGGUAUCACUAGUGACCCUGGAAAUGCUCUAGCAACCUGGAACUCUUCUGAUGUUCCUAUCUGCAAAUGGGAAGGUGUAGGUUGUGGCAAGAAUAGAAAUAGAGUUGUGGAGAUUAAUUUAAGUCACAAGUCCCUCCAGGGCUCUAUUUCACCAGCUUUUUUCGACCUUUCGCAGCUAGAAAUUCUUGAUUUGUCUGGCAACUUCUUGGAAGGCCGGAUUCCGGCUGAGAUUGGUUCUCUUUACCAGCUCAAAGAGCUCAGCUUAUCAUCCAAUCUUCUUGCAGGGGAGAUUCCAGCUGAGGUGGGAUUUCUUCAGCGCUUAGUUUAUCUUGAUCUCGGAAGCAACAAGCUGAGCGGUGAAAUUCCUGUAUCACUUUUCUGCAAUGACUCGUCAUCUUUACAGUAUGUAGACCUAUCCAACAACUCAUUUAGUGGUAAAAUCCCUUUGGAGAGUCAAUGUGAGCUUAGAGAGCUUAAGUAUCUCCUUCUUUGGUCGAACCGUUUGGUGGGUGAAAUUCCUUUAGCUCUUUCUAACUCUUCAAAAUUGGAGUGGCUUGACUUAGAGUCGAAUCUACUAACCGGUGAGUUACCUGCCAAGAUUUUGAGUAAAAUGCCACAUUUGAAGUUCGUGUACUUAUCCUACAACCACUUCACAAGUCAUAAUGGUAACACUGACCUUACACCUUUUUUUGCAUCUUUAGUUAAUUCCUCUAACUUGGAAGAAAUUGAGUUGGCUGGCAAUUUCCUUGGAGGAGAGUUGCCUUCUAUUAUUGGUGAUCUCUCCACUCUUGUAGAGAUUAAUCUUGAUACGAAUCUUAUUUAUGGUUCAAUACCCCCACAAAUAGCAAAUCUUGUCAAUCUUACACUCUUGAACUUGUCUAGCAAUCUCUUGAAUGGCUCAAUACCUUCUGAACUAUGCCGAAUGGGACGACUAGAGAGGCUUUAUUUAUCGAAUAAUUCACUCUCCGGUCACAUUCCAUCAGCUUUUGGUAAUAUGCCCCAUUUAGGCCUUCUAGAUUUGUCGAGAAACAAGCUCUCUGGUACAAUCCCGGAUAGCUUUGCUAACCUCCUGCAGCUCAGAAGACUUCUGCUCUACGAGAACCGGCUCUCGGGAACCAUUCCACCAAGCCUUGGAAAAUGCAUAAACUUGGAAAUUCUUGACCUUUCUCACAAUAGGAUUUCAGGUACAAUUCCAAGUGAAGUUGCUGGUUUGAGUAGUUUGAAGCUGUACUUGAACUUGUCGAGCAAUUAUCUUCAUGGGCAGAUCCCACUGGAGCUGAGUAAAAUGGAUAUGGUGCUGGCUAUUGAUCUAUCAUCAAACAACCUGGCGAGUUCAUUGCCUUCACAACUUGGAAGCUGUAUCGCUCUUGAGUACCUGAAUUUAUCACACAAUGUUUUGGAAGGACCUUUUCCAGCAUCAAUAGGAAGCUUGCCUUACCUCAAAGAACUUGAUGUUUCCUUUAAUCAGUUAAGUGGGGAGAUCCCACAAUCUCUUCAGGCAUCAUCAACUCUGACUCUGCUCAACUUUUCCUACAACAACUUCUAUGGAAAUAUAAGUGCCAAAGGAUCAUUUUCAUCUCUAACAGUCAAUUCUUUCCUGGGAAACGAUGGACUUUGUGGUUCCAUUAAGGGUCUCAGAGAUUGCCACAGAAAACGGGCUCGCCAUUUCUUGAUGGCAAUUCUACUUUCAUUACUCAUCACUCCCAUUUUCUGUAUAGUUGGAUAUCCUCUAGUACUAAGAUCAAAGUUCAAAAGGCACUUGCCCCUCUCAAAAGGUAAGGCCAUAAUUAAAGAUGAGCUAGAAGCAAGGGAAGAGAUAAAAUACCCAAGAAUCUCUCGUCGACAGCUUAUUGAAGCUACUGAAGGAUUCAGUGACUCGAGCCUAAUUGGGUCAGGCAGAUUUGGCCAUGUUUACAAAGGAACUCUUCGAGAUAACACGAGGAUAGCUGUAAAAGUUCUGCAUUCUAAGGCAGCUGGAGAAAUUUUGGGGAGCUUUAAGAGGGAGUGCCAAGUAUUGAAAAGAACCAGGCACAGGAAUUUGAUCAGGAUCAUAACAACAUGCAGCAGGCCAGAUUUUAAGGCCCUUGUUCUUCCACUGAUGCCAAAUGGAAGCCUUGAGGACCAUCUUUAUCCGAGACAUGGAUUGAAACACGGCCUGGAUCUCGUUCAGCUGGUGAGAAUUUGCAGCGACGUGGCAGAAGGAAUGGCCUAUCUGCAUCACUAUGCUCCUGUCAAAGUCGUGCAUUGUGAUCUCAAACCAAGCAAUAUUCUUCUAGAUGAUGAUAUGACUGCUUUGGUAACUGAUUUUGGUAUUGCCAGAUUGGUAAAAGGUGCCGAUGAGAGUGGUUUUGUCGAUGAUUCAGCAUCCUAUGACUCAACAGAUGGUUUGCUAUGUGGCUCAGUUGGGUACAUUGCUCCUGAAUAUGGAAUGGGAAAGCAUGCUUCAACGCAAGGCGAUGUUUACAGCUUUGGGGUUCUGUUAUUAGAGAUGGUAAUGGGUAAACGCCCCACAGACGUGCUUUUCCAAGAAGGCUCAAGCUUGCACGAAUGUGUUAAGAGUCGAUAUCCCAACAAGCUUGAGACAAUUGUUGAAGCAGCCGUGGUGAGGUAUGCACCAAGUGCCCUGGUUCCUUACGACAGGAAGAUAUGGGCCGACGUUAUCUUAGAACUGAUAGAGCUCGGCCUAAUCUGCACUCAGUACAAUCCAUCUGCCCGGCCACCUAUGCUGGAUGUAGCUCAUGAAAUCAGCCUUCUGAAGCAGUAUCUUUGUAGCCCCUCAACUUUAGUCAUCGAACAAUCUUCAAUAAAUUAAGCCAUUCUUUUUUAACAUUUCUAUGUGCAACAAAAACUUUCUGAUUGAUGAUCAUAGUUUUCUGCUAUUCUUUGUUGACAUCUUUGUCAUCAGAUUGUUAAGAAAUCCCAGUACAUGAUUCAUCAACUU